GGUCAGGGCGGGUUUGGUCGACUCUUUAUUCUAAUGAUUGACUAAUUACCUUUUUUCGAAUGUCAAUACCUUUUUGGAGCAACUAGAAGUAACCAUUGACGGUGGCAGGAAGCAGAAUUUGCUCGGGUAUUUGAUGGACAGUGCAUGCUGUACAUAGCGACGAGACAUCUACUUUUUGCUCCGUUCUCAAUCUUCAUCCCCCUCCACAGUCAUUGUCCUCUCCACGUCGAACCCACAUGCCAUCAAUUCGUCUGUAUCCGCGUGUCGAAAUCGUCACGACGGAUUGCCCUUCGUGGCAAAAAACCAGAGUUUGCGGGGACCCGCUUAAAAGAAGCUCAACAUAAGCUGGCGAUCGACAUGACAUCAGCCCCAUGCGGAAGCACAUAUGGUUUUAUUGCUGGUGGAAAGACACAAAAACCUUUGAAUAUUCCUCUGGCACGCUUCUUCUUCUUCAAUUCCCAAUCGCCACAAGAGUCCAACAUGUUUUCACGAACCCGGCCGCGAGCAUUCGCUGCUGCCGCCCAAUCGACCCUCCGUCCCUCCCAAGUCCCCCGCACCACCGCCGCAGCCCUUCACACUCGCGCAUUGACUCGACCUAAUGCCCGUUUGGAAGCGGGUGCAACGCCGCGCGCACUGAAGACGGGAUCUCCUGCCAUAUCGAAGCGUUUCGAGCACACCGCCGCCGACGGCACCCGUCGCCGCUUUGAGGAUUUCGAGGUCUGUAGCAAGCUCUUGUCGGCAACGAUGUUGCAUUGGACUGACUCGAUCUCAAUCCGCGUAGCUUGAUGGCAAGGUCUUCGUCGUCACCGGCGGAGCGCGAGGUCUCGGCUUGACGCUCGCAGAAGCCUUGGUCGAGGGCGGAGGACAUGGUGCGUAGCCAUUCGUCUUGCCUACUGCUCACCGCACGGCCCAACUAAUUGUAUCCUUCCCAGUCUACUGCCUUGACCGACUAGCGGAGCCCUCGCCGGACUUCAAGGCUGCGCAGGAGCUCGCCGAGAACCAGAGCUAUGGCGGGAGCAUCAGCUACGAUCGCGUCGACGUCCAGGACGCCGAGAACCUCGACGCGGUCAUCGGACGCAUCGCCAAGAAGCAUUCGCGACUCGAUGGGCUGGUGGCCGCCGCAGGAGUGCAGAACGUGACGACCGCGCUCGAGUAUCCCCCCGAAAAGAUCACCGAGGUGCGUGUGCAGUG